AUGUCUUUGGAUGAUCUUCGAGCAGUUCUCAAGCGACACGAGACACGUAAGAGUGACGCUGAGAUCGAUGCCAACUCCGGGGCACUCGCCAAGGAAGUCGGCAUUUCAGAAGUCAAAGCGGUACAAAAGAGGAGUUUGUCGAAGCUUCGUUCUUCAACGAAAUCGACGCAGGGAUCGUGCUGGAGCUGUGGUGGAGAUCACCACCGUCGGACAUGUGAAUUUCGUAGUUCGGUAUGCCACACCUGCCGCAAGAAGGAUCAUGUGGCCAAAGUUUGCCGAGCUAGUAAGAGAGCCCAGACUAACUCCGUGCUUUCUUCGAUGAUUUCGGAUCGAGAGCUGGCGGAAGGGCGCACGUUUGUGGAGGUCAAGGUUAACGACCAUCUUACAUCGUUCAGGGCGGACUCCGGUGGAGAUAUUUCCACGAUUUCUACGGGCACAUGGAAAAGCAUGGGAGCGCCCGAACUCCAACCGUAUGACACGCCAUGCACGCAAGCGGAUGGGUCAAGGUUACGUGUGGAAGGUCACUUCCAGGCGCUUCUGGAACACGGAGGUCGCCAGUGCAAGGAACACAUCUUGGUUCUGAAGUCUGGCACCAAUAACCUACUAUGCGGGCGAGCUCUGAAAAAUCUUGAUCUGCUGAGCUGGAAGACCGAUCUGGUAGAACCGUGUGUCGCUGAAGUAGCGUCCCUGUCGCCAUACGCUUCGUUGCUCCAAAAGGAGUUCCCAUCCUUGUUCGAGAAAGGGUUGGGCUGUUGCUCGAAGUUGGAAGUCAAACUCUACUUACAUGAGAACGUCAAGCCCGUUCAUUUGCCACCGCGUCCGAUCGCCAUGGCUUUCAAGGAAAAAGUCGAUGAAGAGUUGGACCGCCUUCUGAACAAUGGCACGAUCGAAGCAGUCGAACAAUCGAAUUGGGCAGCUCCGAUUGUGGUCAUCAAGAAGCCGAACGGUACUCUGAGAGUAUGUGCAGACUAUUCUACCGGGCUAAAUUCGGCGUUAAAAGAUCUGAACCAUCCACUUCCCAACAUGGAGGAAAUCAUGUCAAGGUUCUCCGGGAACCAGGUUUUCUCGCAGCUCGACUUGGCGGACGCCUAUCUACAGCUCAAGUUGGAGAAAGACAGCCAGCAGUUCACGACUAUUUCGACGCAUCGCGGUCUGUUCCGAUAUAAACGGCUGGUAUUCGGCCUAAAGACGGCGCCGGCGAUUUUUCAGAAAGCAAUUGAACAGUCACUGGCUGGUUUGGAAGGGACGCUUGUUUAUCUCGACGACAUUCUCGUCAUGGCCCCGGAUCGCAAAACGCACGAUCAACGCCUGCAUGCCGUUCCCCGAAGAUUCCUAGAAUGGGGUUUCCACUUGCGUUUGGAAAGAUGCACUUUCGCCCGGAGCGAAGUCAAGUAUCUGGGCGUGAUAGUUUCGCGAAGGGGUAUUGAAGCUGACCCAAAGCGAAUUUCGGCAAUUCAAGCAAUCUCCGAUCCGACGAACAAGAAAGAAGUUCGUUCCCUUCUGGGCCUCGUGAAUUACUACGGCAAAUUCGUGCCACAUCUACACACGUACAAGGCCCCUCUCGAGAAGUUGCUUCCCAAUGAGGUGACGUUCGAGUGGACUAAAGAACACAGCAAUUGCCUCUCAGAAAUCAAGAAAGUUCUUGCCGGCCCCCUCCUGCUCGCGCAUUAUGACCCACGGCAGACGCUCGUGGUUGCUGCCGAUGCGAGUCCCUCGGGUAUUGGAGGGGUGCUUCUGCAACGCUAUGCGGAUGGGAAUGAGAAAGCCGUGUUUCAUAUGGCUAAAUCUCUGAACAAAGCACAGAGGAACUACAGUCAAGUUGGAAAAGAAGCUCUGGCAUUGGUGACAGCGGUAGAGCGCUUCAAAAGGCUCGUUUGGGGUCGUCAUUUCAUCCUACAAACCGAUCACCAACCGCUCGUCGCCCUGUUUCGUCCGACCAACAUGAAAGGCUUGUCAGAACGGACGGCGGCUCGCCUACAACGUUGGGCCUUGAGGCUCGUAGGCUUCGACUUCGAUAUCGAAUAUAUUCGAACAGACCUCUUCGGGCACGCGGACGCGCUCUCUCGCUUAGUCCAGGAAGUUCGAGCAGGCGCUCGAGACUCGGCGCUCGACGAGGUCGUGGCCUCCAUAGAUGUUUCGUGCGAGACAAGUCUUCAAGAGUUGGUGAUCAACGCACUUCAUUCCACCGACUCUCGAAAUCUGGUGGCUUCGCAGACAGCGAAAGAUCCAGUUCUCGCAAAGGUCCUGAAGCGGUUGAAGGAGGGCUCUGUUCCUGCUACGGUCAAACGCCGCGUACUUGAGCAGCUACAUCAAGCACAUCCGGGCAUACGGCGAAUGAAGUCUCUGGCGCGUCUCCACUUUUUCUGGCCGGGAAUGACGGCCGAUAUUGAGAAGUUUGUCAAAGCGUGUUCUCGGUGCUUGCAAACGUCGUCGGCUCCGAUAAAGGUUCCGCUGAAUCCGUGGCCUAGUGCGCUCAAACCGUGGUCAAGGGUUCAUCUAGAUUUCGGUGAACCUCGCAAAGGGCGGCUAUUCAUCGUCGCUGUCGAUAGUUUCUCGAAAUUUGUCGACGCGCAGUGGAUGUCUUCCACAACUUCCGCCGCCUCGAUCGACUAUCUCCGACGGCUCUUCCGACUACUCGGUCCUCCGGAAACGCUGGUCAGCGACAAUGGUCCCCAGUUCACCUCGGCCGAAUUCGCGAAGUUCUGUGCCGACUCGAGUAUUGUACAUCUGCGGUGCGCGCCUUCAAUGCCUCAAAGUGAUGGUCAAGCCGAGAAAAUGGUGCGCACGAUCAAAGAUGCAAUCGAUUCCGAUGGAGAGUCUCGCAUGCUGCCACCGACGAAAUGCAAGGUUCCCGUUGAUUACAAGAAACUCAACGGUUAA